GCAAAGGCUCCAAUUCACACACCCUUUGUUUCAGAGAGAGUCGAUGGUUUGCUUUGCUUGGGCUUCUUCGCCCCUUGCGGGCGAAAAACCGCAAAGCUAAAUCACAAGAAUGUGAGAAAACAGAACGCCGAGUAGAGAGAGAGAAACACAUGUAUUAUAGAGAGAGAAGGAGAGAGAAAUAUACAUAUAUAGAGAGAGAAGGAGAGAGAAACAUAUACAUAUAGAGAGAGGGGGAGGGAGAGAGAAAGAGUAUGGGCAACAAGAUCGCUCGCACAACACAAGCCUCGGCGACCGAGUACUACCUCCAUGACCUACCUUCGUCUUACAAUUUGGUACUCAAAGAGGUUUUAGGUCGAGGACGAUUUCUGAAAUCGAUUCAGUGCAAGCACGACGAAGGACUCGUUCUCGUGAAGGUCUAUUUCAAGCGUGGCGACUCGAUUGAUCUCCGGGAAUACGAGCGUCGACUCGCCCAAAUACGAGAGAUCUUCCGUGGUCUUGAUCAUCCCCAUGUUUGGCCAUUCCAGUUUUGGCUUGAAACAGAUAAAGCAGCUUAUCUCUUGAGGCAAUACUUCUUCAAUAAUCUUCACGAUAGAUUGAGUACCCGGCCUUUCCUAAGUCUUGUUGAAAAGAAAUGGUUGGCUUUUCAGUUGCUCUAUGCGGUGAAACAGAGCCACGAGAAUGGAGUUUGUCAUGGUGAUAUUAAGUGUGAGAAUGUGCUUGUGACUUCUUGGAAUUGGCUUUACCUUGCUGAUUUUGCAUCCUUCAAACCCACUUAUAUUCCCCAUGACGAUCCAUCUGAUUUCUCAUUUUUCUUUGACACUGGAGGAAGAAGGCGUUGUUAUCUUGCACCUGAGAGAUUCUAUGAGCAUGGAGGUGGUGAGAUGCAAGUUGCACAAGAUGCACCUUUAAGACCAUCUAUGGACAUCUUCGCUGUAGGGUGUGUAAUUGCGGAGCUUUUCCUUGAGGGUCAGCCACUGUUUGAACUGUCUCAGCUACUUGCUUAUCGUAGAGGGCAGUAUGAUCCUAGCCAACAUCUUGAGAAGAUUCCAGAUUCAGGAAUCCGUAGGAUGAUUCUUCAUAUGAUUCAGUUGGAUCCAGGGUCACGAUUUUCUGCUGAAAACUACCUGCAGAGCUAUGCUGGCAUUGUGUUUCCGUGCUACUUCUCGCCAUUUCUGCACAAUUAUUAUUCCUAUCUGAAUCCUCUUGAUUCUGAUACAAGGGUUUUAAUGUGCCAGACUCUUUUCCAGGAGAUACUUAAACAAAUGAUGAACAAUAGGCCAAAUGAGGAGACUGGUGUUGCUCUAGGCACACCUUCAAAUGCUUUAGGCGGUCAUUUGUCACAUAAUGUGGACACAAAGAAGAGAUUGAAUCCGGCAAAGGGCUCACCAAGAAAGAGUGAAGAGGCAGAGAAGGGUCUAAUUCACGAUCGGCUUGAACUUCUUGGUGAUAUCAGUACUCUACUCAGGGAUGUAAAACGAAGUAGUCGCUAUUCUCGUGUGAAGCCGAUGCUGGAGGAUGUAGCCAAUUCUGCAUAUUCUCAAAAGCGCAAACAAUGUGGCAUGCAAUCUCCUGGCGAGCUACUUCAAACUAUCUCCAAUGUAUUCAAGAGAAAUCACCAUCCCUUUAUGAAAAGGAUUACGUUGAACGAAUUAAAUUCUUUGAUGUCUGACUAUGACAAUCAGUCGGACACUUUUGGAAUGCCUUUCCUACCAUUACCUCAGGAUACUAUGAGCUGUGAAGGCAUGGUUCUGAUUGCUUCACUGCUUUGUUCGUGCAUACGCAAUGUUAAGUUGCCUCAUAUGAGGAGGGGUGCUGUACUUCUGCUGAAGUCUUGUUCCUUAUAUAUUGAUGAUGAAGAUCGAUUGCAGCGUGUACUUCCAUAUGUUGUUGCGAUGCUUUCUGAUCCAGCAGCAAUUGUGCGUUGUGCUGCCUUGGAAACUUUGUGUGACAUUCUACCUUUAGUCCGAGAUUUUCCUCCCAGUGAUGCGAAAAUUUUUCCAGAGUAUAUUAUUCCAAUGCUUUCCAUGCUUCCUGAUGAUCCAGAAGAAAGUGUGAGGAUAUGUUAUGCCAGCAAUAUAUCUAAACUGGCAUUAACUGCUUAUGGGUUUCUAAUUCACUCAAUAAGCUUGAGUGAGGCAGGGGUUCUCAAUGAAUUAAGUUCGCACCAGAAGUCAUCAGUCUCAUCCACUGAGACACCCGGACGGCUGCAGAGAGUAAACGAUGAUGCACAGCUUGCACAAUUGAGGAAGUCCAUAGCUGAAGUAAUUCAAGAACUUGUAAUGGGCCCAAAGCAAACUCCAAAUAUCAGGAGGGCACUCUUGCAGGAUAUUGGCAACCUAUGCUGGUUUUUUGGCCAGAGACAGAGUAAUGACUUCUUAUUGCCCAUCCUCCCUGCUUUUCUAAAUGAUCGAGAUGAGCAAUUAAGGGCAGUAUUUUAUGGGCAGAUUGUUUACGUCUGCUUCUUUGUGGGUCAAAGAAGUGUCGAGGAAUAUCUCUUACCAUACAUUGAGCAAGCUUUAAGUGAUGCAUCAGAGGCUGUAAUUGUAAAUGCAUUGGAUUGCUUGGCCUUUCUGUGCAAAAGUGGUUUUCUGCGGAAGAGGAUACUUCUUGAAAUGAUAGAGCGCGCUUUUCUGUUGUUAUGUUAUCCCAGUCAAUGGGUAAGGAGGUCAGUUGUCAACUUUAUUGCAGCCAGUAGUGAGAGCUUAGGUGCAGUAGAUUCUUAUGUGUUCCUUGUCCCAGUUAUACGUCCUUUUCUCCGCAGACAACCUGGGUCUCUAGCUUCAGAAAAGGCUCUUCUUUCAUGUCUAAAGCCUCCGGUCUCGAGACAGGUGUUUUACCAAGUCCUAGAAAAUGCCAGGAGUUCAGAUAUGUUAGAGAGACAGAGGAAAAUAUGGUACAAUUCAUCAGCACAGUCCAAACAAUGGCAACCUUUGGACUUGUACCAUAGUGGAGCUGGGGAGUUGAAAACAACAAAAGGCUGGUCUGACAAGCAACAUGAUCUUCAGGGUCACAAAUCUGUUGUUGAUUCAAUGCAACAGCUGGAUCUAGCUAAGCGUGAUGAUGGGGAUGCUAAGAUGAGUACCAUGGGAACCUUUAUGCGCAAUGCUUCUAGCACAUUUGAUAUUCAUGAUCCUCUAGGCUCAGAAAAGUUACAGUUCUCUGGAUUGAUGUGUCCACAGGCUAGUGGUGUGAACAGCUUCAUUUAUGAUAAAUCAUCUGAAGGCAUACCUUUGUACUACUUUAGCGUGGAUAAACGAGCAGUGGCAAAUGCUCCUGCUGCAUCUGAUUCUCCGUCUCAUUUGAACUCUCUUGGAUUUGGUUCAUCAUCCAUGCCUUGGAUGGAUCCCGUAAAUAAAUCCUUUAGCAUGGCUAGUUCAGUCCCAGCACCUAAGCUGGUGUCCGACUCAUUUAGCAUUAGUAGUGGUUCUAAACAGUUUCACAGGGUGGUACAUGAAGCAGAAGGCAGGGAAGCUGAUCAAACAGCAUAUAUCAACAACAAGUUUCAAGACCUAGGAUUGUCAAGCACAACAAAAAGUUCUAUUACAGCAGAAGAUGCCUCCACUCCAACUGAUGCAGCGGGAUUGCCAUCAUUUGGACGAGCAUCGGUUCUUGAUUCAGGGUGGAGGCCACGUGGGGUGUUGGUUGCACACCUCCAGGAGCACCGUUCUGCUGUUAAUGACAUUGCCAUUUCCACAGACCAUAGCUUUUUUGUGAGUGCAUCUGAUGAUUCCACUGUUAAGGUGUGGGAUUCCAGAAAGCUGGAGAAGGAUAUCUCAUUUAGGUCAAGGCUAACUUAUUCUCUUGAGGGAAGCCGAGCACUGUGCAUUGCGACACUCCAGGGCUCAGCUCAAGUCAUCAUUGGAGACUGUGACGGCAUGAUACAUAUUUUUUCUGUUGAUUACAUUUCCAGAGGACUUGGGAAUGUUGUUGAGAAGUACUCAGGCAUUGCUGAUGUAAAAAAGAAGAGUGUUGGAGAAGGUGCCAUACUCAGCCUUUUGAACUACUCUGAGGAUGGCUUUGCCAAUCAGAUGAUUAUGUACAGCACCAAAAAUUGUGGGAUCCAUCUCUGGGAUAUCAGAACAAAUUCAAAUUCGUGGAAUUCGAAAGUAACUCCCGAGGAGGGCUAUGUGUCUUCUCUGGUAACUGGCCCUUGUGGGAAUUGGUUUGUUUCUGGUUCUUCAAGGGGUGUGCUGACUCUUUGGGAUCUAAGAUUCCUUGUACCUGUUAAUUCAUGGCAGUAUUCUGCUGUAUGCCCGAUAGAGAAAAUGUGUCUUUUUGUUCCUCCUCAGAAUAACUCUGUUUCCACUACAGCACGGCCCCUUGUUUACGUUGCAGCAGGUUGUAAUGAAGUUUCUCUUUGGAAUGCAGAAAACGGGAGCUGCCACCAGGUUUUUAGGGUGGCAAAUAAUGAUAGUGAUGCUGAAUCCUCUGACCUGCCUUGGGCCUUGGCCAGAUCAUCCAGAAAGGCAAAUUCUAAACCAGAUCUAAGACAGAAUGUCAACCCUAAGUACAGAGUUGAUGAGCUGAAUGAACCUCCUUCCCGUCUUCCUGGUAUCCGUUCAUUGCUCCCCUUACCUGGGGGAGAUCUGUUGACUGGUGGUACCGACUUGAAGAUACGUCGCUGGGACCACUGCAGACCUGACCGAAGUUACUGUAUUUGUGGGCCAUCUAUUAAAGGAGUUGGAAAUGAUGAUUUCUAUGAAACAAAAUCUAGUUUUGGAGUGCAAGUUGUCCAGGAGACAAGGAGACGGCCUCUAGCAAACAAGUUGACCACAAAGUCAGUCCUUGCAGCUGCUGCCACUGAUUCUGCUGGUUGUCACCGUGACUCCGUCCUUUCUUUGGCUUCUGUCAAAUUGAACCAGAGACUUCUGAUAUCCAGUGGGAGAGAUGGCGCUAUCAAGGUUUGGAAGUAAAGGACCUAAGCAUACUAGUGAUUUACUGUACAUAUGUAGUGUCAAUGCUAGUUAAAAUUGUAAAUUAUACAGUAAGAGUAGAAGGGGAAAUUCCCACCCAGAUAAUGAAUUCAACUUUCUAACCACCGUCAUAGUUUCUAAUACAUCACCGUGCCUGAUUUGUACAGUAAGCAUACUGGGAUAAAUAAGAUUUUAUAUUGUUUGAAUGUCAAAUUUUACUUUAUUUCCA